GGACAGCAGCAACAAGUGAUGCCAUCUGUCUUAUCAGCGCUGAGGGAAAACCGUUGGAAACCGUUGGAAAUCUCAAGAAAUAGAAGGGGGAUGCAAGCACUUUUUGGUGAAUCAGUAAAAUGAGGCUGAUUUGUAUUUUUAUCAGCGUUUUUACAUUUUACGAGUGACUUCAAAGUUGUUUUCUAUUUUUUUCAUUGUUUAAUAUAGCCUAUAUUUUUAUUUGAAUUGCAUUGCUUUCCCCCCUAAUGGAUGGGAUUGAAGGCGAAUGACGCACCACACUGAAACUAUUUAAAUGUUUUACGCGUUCUAGUGUGGAGGCGUUUUGGAGUGGUCGGACAGCACACGUCAAGCUCUAGAACCUUUGGAACACCUGAUUCUUCUGUCGAUAACACACGGAUGCCAAGUGGAACUCUUUCUCUCUCUGUUUACAUUUGAUUCUCUUUGGCAACUUUUUCAUUUAGCUCACCAGACCAGACGCACUCUUGUUUAGUUUUUAUCCCAAGGAACUAUUAAAUCGUUUUCCCUUUUAAGGUUUUUGAAAUGACGAGCCAAAGUACUGAGAGAAGUAGGCCUAUAGGGACUCUGGCGUUGCUGCGUUCCGUUUUGCUGUUGGGUCUUCUUCACAUUGGUGCACCAGAGGCGAGGAGGCUACGGGGCAGCCGCGCGCAACACCGGAGAGCCUCGGCCAUGCCGUCCCCAACGUUAACAUACAGGGACCGGGUAGUAGAGGGGACCGGAGCCGGUGAGAGCUUCCCGUUAGACUUCACCGCUGUCGAGGGGAACAUGGACAACUUCAUGACCCAAAUUAAAAACCUGGCGCAGUCGCUGUACCCGUGCUCGGCGCAGAAGCUGGACCAGGACAUGAGGCUGCACUUCUUGGACAAUUCCUCUGCGACGUGUAACGAUGGAUCCCCAGCUGGGUACUACAUCAAGGAAUCUAAAGGCAGCAAGAGAUGGCUGAUAUUCUUGGAGGGUGGAUGGUACUGUUUCAACAGACAGACUUGUGACACCAGGUACCAGACAAUGAGGAGAUUCAUGAGCUCCCUCAAGUGGCCACGCACCAGAACAGGUACAGGUAUUCUGUCUCCUCAGCCAGAGGAGAACCCCUAUUGGUGGAAUGCCAACAUGGUGUUCAUCCCAUACUGCUCUAGUGAUGCCUGGAGUGGAGCCUCAGCAAAGACUGACCAAAGUGACUAUGCGUUCAUGGGCUCAGUGAUCAUUAAGGAGGUGGUUAAUGAGCUGCUUACUAAAGGACUGGACAGCGCUAAGGUCCUGCUACUGGCUGGGAGCAGUGCGGGGGGUACAGGUGUACUACUGAACGUGGACCGUGUGGCGGAGCACCUGGAGUCCCGGGGACAAGGGGAAAUUCAGGUCCGGGGUCUGGCUGACUCUGGCUGGUUCCUGGAUAACAAGCAGUACAGAUCUACAGACUGUCACAGCACCAUCAGCUGUGACCCUACUGAGGCUAUCAGGAGAGGAAUCAGGUACUGGGGUAGUGUGGUGCCAGAGAGCUGCAGACAGACUCACAUAGGAGAGGAGUGGAACUGCUUCUUCGGAUAUAAAGUCUACCCCACGCUCAAGAGUCCAGUGUUUGUAGUCCAGUGGUUAUUUGAUGAGGCCCAGUUAACAGUAGAUAACAUCCACCUGACUGGUCAUCCGGUCCACGAGGGACAAUGGAGAUACAUACAGAAUCUGGGCAAUGAGCUGAGGAACACACUCAAAGACGUCCCGGCCCUGUUUGCUCCAGCCUGCCUAUCCCAUGAGGUCAUCACCAGGAAUUACUGGAUGGACAUCCAAGUCAAAGGAACAUCCCUCCCCAGAGCCCUACACUGCUGGGACCGUGGUCUCCACGACAACAACCUCCACCAAAGAUCCUCCAACAACGACACCCAUAGCAACAAUCCUAACCCCACCCCCAAUAAGGCCCUGCCCCCAGCUUCCUCUCCGAGGCGCUGUCCUCUGCGUCUGAUUGACAGCUGCCCCUGGCCUCACUGUAAUCCCACCUGUCCCACUAUACGGGAUCAGAUCACCGGACAGGAAAUGAGCGUGAUCCAGUUCCUGAAACACAUGGGGUUUGAUGUUGCCAAGAUGGCCCAGCAACAGGGCAUGGACGCAGGGAGACUGCUGGGGAUGCUGAAUAACGGGAACUGAGCAGGGAGAGACUCACACAGGUAGCUGAAAUGAAACGCACACACACACUCUGACACAGCAGCGCCAUAGAACGCUUUGGUGGAGAUGAAAGGAACAGAAUAGAAACAGAACUGAACUCUAAGCAACAGAACUGAACUCUAAGCAACAGGACUGAACUCUAAGCAACAGGACUGAACUCUAAGCAACAGAACUGAACUCUAAGCAACAGGACUGAACUCUAAGCAACAGGACUGAACUCUAAGCAACAGGACUGAAUAAAUUUAAGUUCAAACAACUGAACAAUGCUGAACUGACCAACGCUGAACUGAACAACGCUGAACUGACCAACGCUGAACUGACCAACGCUGAACUCAACAACGCUGAACUCAACAACGCUGAACUCAACAACGCUGAACUCAACAACGCUGAACUCAACAACGCUGAACUGUCAACAACGCUGAACUCAACAACGCUGAACUCAACAACGCUGAACUCAACAACGCUGAACUGAACUCAACAACGCUGAACUCAACAACGCUGAACUGUCAACAACGCUGAACUGUCAACAACAGGACUGAACUCUAAGCAACAGGACUGAACUCUAAGCAACAGGACUGAACUCUAAGCAACAGGACUGAAUAAAUGUAAGUUCAAACAACUGAACAACGCUGAACUGACCAACGCUGAACUGACCAACGCUGAACUGACCAACGCUGAACUGACCAACGCUGAACUCAACAACGCUGAACUCAACAACGUUGAACUCAACAACGCUGAACUCAACAACGCUGAACUCAACAACGCUGAACUCAACAACGCUGAACUCACAACGCUGAACUGAACUCAACAACGCUGAACUCAACAACGCUGAACUGUCAACAACGCUGAACUGUCAACAACAGGACUGAACUCUAAGCAACAGGACUGAACUCUAAGCAACAGAACUGAACUCUAAGCAACAGGACUGAACUCUAAGCAACAGGACUGAACUCUAAGCAACAGAACUGAACUCUAAGCAACAGGACUGAACUCUAAGCAACAGGACUGAACUCUAAGCAACAGGACUGAAUAAAUUUAAGUUCAAACAACUGAACAACGCUGAACUGACCAACGCUGAACUGACCAACGCUGAACUGAACAACGCUGAACUGACCAACGCUGAACUGAACAACGCUGAACUCAACAACGCUGAACUCAACAACGUUGAACUCAACAACGCUGAACUCAACAACGCUGAACUCAACAACGCUGAACUCAACAACGCUGAACUGUCAACAACGCUGAACUCAACAACGCUGAACUCAACAACGCUGAACUCAACAACGCUGAACUGAACUCAACAACGCUGAACUCAACAACGCUGAACUGUCAACAACGCUGAACUGUCAACAACAGGACUGAACUCUAAGCAACAGGACUGAACUCUAAGCAACAGGACUGAACUCUAAGCAACAGGACUGAACUCUAAGCAACAGAACUGAACUCUAAGCAACAGGACUGAACUCUAAGCAACAGGACUGAACUCUAAGCAACAGGACUGAAUAAAUUUAAGUUCAAACAACUGAACAACGCUGAACUGACCAACGCUGAACUGACCAACGCUGAACUGACCAACGCUGAACUGACCAACGCUGAACUGACCAACGCUGUACUGACCAACGCUGAACUCAACAACGCUGAACUCAACAACGCUGAACUGUCAACAACGCUGAACUCAACAACGCUGAACUGAACUCAACAACGCUGAACUGUCAACAACGCUGAACUGUCAACAACGCUGAACUCAACAACGCUGAACUCAACAACGCUGAACUCAACUCAGCCAAACCUGAACAGAACUAAACUAUACUGAAAUAGUGUUUUGGGUGCGAAAAGACAUACACAAAUGGAACGUCAUCCGUUUUAAGGAUACUAUCCCAAAUGGCAUCAGAUUCCCCCUUAGGGCUCUGGUCAAAACUAGUGCACUAUAUUGUGAAUAGAGUGCCAUUUGGGACGCAAUCUGUUAGUUUUAAAGUAAAUAAGACAACGGACUUGUGGAUUUAGAAAAUAUAUAUAUGCAUAAUAGGUGUAGAAGUUGUGUAUGUAUAUGAAGUGGAAUCCUCAGACUGUAAUGACUUGAUAGACUUCAAUUAUCAUUUUGAUCAAUGCUACAGAAGAUACAGAAUCAAGUUUCUGAUAUGAAAGGCAAUGGAAUAUAGCCCCUCAUAGGCUGCGUUUACACAGGCAGACUAAUUCUGAUCCAUUUCCACUAAUUGGUCUUCUAACCAAUCAGAUCAGGGUCUUUUCCCAAUAAUUGGGUCAAAAAAACAGAAUUGGGCUGCCUGUGUAAACACAGCCUUAGUAACAAGGGUUCACUAGAACUGAUUGAUUGAUCAGAAUUGUCUCAAACGACCACAUAGCCUACUGCCACAUAUGAACUCACCAGCAGAGAGGGAUGGAGACUGCCACACCUAAACAUAGGAUACUAGCAGAGUGAGAGAUGUCUGGAUGGAUGGAUGAUACAGUAGGUGGGGAAUGGGAGAGAUGUCUGGAUGGAUGGAUGAUACAGUAUGUGGGGAAUGGGAGAGAUGUCUGGAUGGAUGGAU